AUGCCGUCGUCAUCUACGCCGAGUGGCAGUCACGAGCCCCCACCCUCCGGCACGCCGACGCCCUCGACACUGUCUGUCAUGCCUGGCACCACCAUCCCUGUACGUGCCUCGGAUGUGUAUACCCGCCCUGGCGCUUCGUCGCAGUAUACCAACCCCAUUGUCACGGUGCAUCGGCAUGGCGUGCGCCCACCGCCGACCACGGCGACCGACGCCGCACGUCCACCGCCUGUGGCUACCGUGCACCGCGGUACGCCACCUACGACGAGCCCCGCUCCUCCGUUUAUCAUUUCGAAUGCGCUGGCCGCAGCGAAUGGCCUCGGUCCCAGCGCACGUCGCACAUCGUUCACACCCAGCGCGGCCCCCCCGUUGGUGUCUACGCCGCCCUCGCAUACGGCUGUGAGUCCAGCGCGCGUCGGUGUCGCGGUCAGCACACCAGCGCCAGCGACGUCGCCGGCUGUGCCUAGCCCUGCGCCUGCUGCGCGUGUACCGCCGCAAAAGGACUUGGUCGGCGAAGAUCCAGAGCUGGCGCAGCAGCGCGCACGUACGCAGGAGCGCUAUCGCGCACGCCUAGCGCAGGAUCACGCACGUAUACUCUCUCCGGAUCUACAAACGCCGUUCCGCAGUUGGGACGAUAUGGUGCAGCGUUUAUUACCGUACCAUGUAUGGCACCUCCCUGAAAAAGAUCUGAUUCACGCGAUGGAGGCUACUGUCUCGUCUGCGACCAAGGAAAGCCAGGAUGAUGAUGACGACAACGAAAAUGUCACGUUUUCGGUGCCGUACAAGCGCGCACGUCUGGACACCGAGGCAUCAUCGCAAGAUACCCCUUCUAUGCGCUUAGCGCUACCGCCCUUCCCCUCGGCGACGUACACUGCCUCCGUGUACGAACGACGUGCGCAACUAGCGAAGCGCUUUGCGGCUCUUCAGACGCGAUCUGCGACAACGUACGAUCGCGCACCUUCCAUGCAGGCCUCGUUGGAGCACUGGGAACGACUGCUAUAUGAAGACGAGCUGAAGACGUUCCAGGAUCUCUCUGCAGAGCUACGUCGUGCCCGUUCUGAGCUGGAAGAGCUUGAACGACAGCGACCUGGGCGCCUGGGUCUGCCCUUGUCGAGUGUGUUGCCUGGGAGUACGUUGCCUAUGCGGGAUUGGUCCACGUCUGCUAGUCCUACGCUGCCGAUGAAACGACCGGGCGACGAUGGGACUGCCUCUGCUGCGUAUACACGUGCCUCGCCUACCAUGGCCCGCACGCCUCACGACGUUCGUCCGCCGUAUCCCUUGUCGACCUUUGCGCCGGGAACGAUGCCGGCCUAUGCAGGCAUGCCGUCACGUGGGCAGCCCGGUCCGAUGGCGUCGCCAGGCAACGCGACCUCAGCAGGGGCCCCGCCCAUCGCUGUCGCAGGCUCAUCGGGGCUCGUACGACCACCUCCGUCUCAGCCAGGUAAUGCGACGCAGGGGAUUCCAACGCAGCCUUUGCCGUUGGUCGUCCCGAUGACCUGCGUCCCACGCCUUACAGCGCUAGGCAUUCACCUCGUCCCUGCCUCGCACCUGCUUCCGGCGCUUUCUUUGGCCAGUGCAGGGCAAUCGAUUGCGAUGAACCCAGGGCUGACUGCGCCGCGGCCUGUGGUCGGCUUGCAAACGGAGCCUGUGCUGUUGGUUGGCAUCACAGAAGUGCCUCUCCCACCUACAGCGCCGCCGCCGCCGCCUGGCGCCUCUGCUGCGUCGCGGCAGCGUUUGCACUUGAGCGUGGUCUUGUCCAAGCUUCGACCUGAGCAGCUCAGUGGCUUGGCCCAGAUUAUGCAGACGGUCCAAACGGAUGACGAGGCGUCAGCCGCCUCGGCCCCUCCGCCCGUCACGUCGUCACCGUCGCCUGCACCUGUACCUGCGCCUGCACCUGCGCCUGCACCCGCGCCCGCGCCCGCGCCCACGCCCACACCACCACCACCACCGUCGUCGUCGCCCAGCAAGUAACGUAGUCCGUUGUACUAGCCAACGAUUGUACCGUACUCUGGUAGGAGAAAGAUGAUGCAAUGUAUGUACAACUACAGACAUGGUGGCUAA